ACUGGCAAAGAUUUCUGCAGCUAAUUGGAGAAUAGCUGUCUUUCUGAACGUUGAUCAACACUUUUCAUGGCUGGAAAAUUUAAAAGGAAAGACUACCAAUGGGAAGAUACCUGGGACACAGCUUCUGAUAUUUGUAAGGAAAUAACGGCAGAAUUGGAAGAAGUUCCUAAAAUAAAGCAAAUUGCCCCCGUUAAAGUUCAAGGAAAAAUGAGGAUGAGGAGAAGCGUUCCCUUAUUAGGCUUUAUAGGGAGGAUUGCUGGACCAAUAGUAGGAGUAUUAUCCUACGAAGACGGCGAACACAUUCAGGACCAAAUCAGAGAACUAAACGUGGCGGAAGCUAAUUUAACCCACUUAGUUGGAAGACAAACACACUUAGUUAGAGCUCAAUUAGAUUCCUUAUAUAAGCGAGCAAAUGCUCAAAAGAUAAAUAUAGAAUUAAUAAACAAACAACUAAAUGACCUAACCAAUCUUAUUAACCAAGCUCAUAAAGGAGCAGCCCAUCAAACAUUUUUCAAUAACAUCGGAAAGUAUCUUAACAAAAUAAAGACUCAGAUUAUUCACAAUAGUAAAACUGGAUCCAGAUUGCUAGAAACUGUUCGAGACGCAAGAAAGGGUCAAGUACAUCCUGGAUUAAUUUCGAUAUCUCAAAUUCUACCUAUCCUCCGCGACAUUCAAGAUCACCAACCCACCGUAACUCUUCCUGUAAAAGGACCAAAUUAUAGCUUGGAGGAAAUAGUCCAAACAUCGAAGACAACCGUAUUAUUUGAAGAAGGACACUUGAAGAUUUUGAUAGAUAUACCCCUACUAGAAAAACCGGAUUAUGUCUUGUAUAAAUUACACCCCUUUCCAGUCUUUCAGCAGAUUUAUGGUAACAUAUCAGGAAAGGUUUCCAUAGAUUCACCAUACACUCACAUCCUUGUGGAUGAUCCCCUUAGAACAUAUAUGCUGGUGAAGGAAGGAGAGUUGGAUUCCUGUAAACAGACGACCGACUAUCUACUUUGUCAGAAUAGCUUACCUAUAUACGAAAUUCGAUCACAACCCUCGUGCGAAGUACAGCUGUUGUUAAACCCCACUAAUGAAAUCCUAAGAAAUUGUAAAAUUCAAUUGGAAUACCAAGAAGAAGAUCAUUGGAUUAAAUUAAAAACACUCGGAGGAUGGUUAUAUUCUACACAGAAUAGUACUACUAUCAAUAUUCGUUGCAAUUCAAAGACAAGUAGUAAAAUAACAAUUCAAGGUUUAGGGUUAAUGCAAUUAGCUUCUGGUUGCUAUGCUAGUACCCCAUAUUCUAUCAUUCCGUCGAUACCUAAAAUCCAAGGAAUUACUGAAUUGAUAUAUGAAUCUGAAAUUGGACUAAGUAUAGACUCUCUGGCUCCAAAAAUUGCUUCCCUAAAAACAUCCCAAGAAGAGCUUAAACUUGCCUUUCCGGAAACAAAAGGAUUCUACAAGAAUUCUCAAUCCCUAGAUGAAUUAGAACAACAACUGCAUGAAUUUUCACUACAACAAAUGGAAAAAGGAUAUCAACAAACUUGGAUAAAAGGAACUUAUUUAGGAAUAAUUACUUUUUCCCUGAUGAUUUUUAUCCUAUGGUUGAUUACCAAGAUAUUCCAACAUCCAAAAUUCAAGAAUAUAUCUACUUUAAAAUCAAAAAAGAAAUCUCAUUGCAUAACAGGACUCAUCCCUAUGAGAGUUAACGCACCACGAGAAACCUACGACGUAGCAGCUGCUUCUCUCCCUACAGCUUCACCUAGAAAAAGGUCUGAUGUUAAUAAUGUAUUCAGUCAAAAGGAAUUAGAGAUAAGAAAGGCUUACGCAGUUUUACCUUUUGCUGAACCUACUCCAGGAACCUCUAACGAAGACGGAAGUGAACAUCGACGAAAGAAAACAGAUCGGAUUGAGACAACAACAAGAAGAAGUCCAUAUCCAAAGGUUACAUAUCCCGAAGUCGAUUCCUUUAGUAACCAACCUACAAAUUAA